UUAGUUUUUCAUACCCUACCUAUCACAUCAUAUUUUUUCUCUAACAAUCUAUCCAUCACAUCUUACUUUUACUCAUCACAUCAGGGGAAAAUAUUGAAAAUCAAUUAUAAUUUAAUACUUCCUUAUUUUUGCUCCAAGUCAAAAUAGAAAGUCUUUUUGCAUAAGGAUUAGAGAGUAAUAAAUAAGGGAAAGGAACGGACAUCCGUUAGGCAUAUAUACGGUCAUGGUCUUCUCCUUCGUUUCACACGCAACCAGAGGGGAACUUCGCCGGCCAAGAUCUUCCUUCAUCGUCUUCACUCUUCGCACGCUAGACUAGGAGUUUCACUGGAGACAUCGCCUGAGCUACACGGAGGUCGCCAGAGUGUGCAUUAAUUCAAUUGAGAUUUAUUUGCCAACUUAAUCGAGGUAUAGAUCAAGGACUGAAUGAGGGGCAGCCUGGAGAACAGUGAAGCGUGACGCUGGUGGAUGGCCCAAUGCUGUUUGAAAUCGAAUUAAAUACUUGUUGACUUUUGUUUUGUUUAAACUACAAGAAUGUUUGACGUUGUUGUUUUAAAAGCUUCCGCAACGUUUGAAUUAUUUACUCCGAUUAAUUAUGAAUUGUUUUUAAUUAAAUAUAAUGUAUGUUUUAUUUUAAAUGUUUUCAAAAUAUUAUGCAUGUGAAUACCAAAUUAGUAGUAACCCGACUCAAUAACUCGUUGGUUCGGGUUACGCGGGUUGGGGUGUUACCAUCCAUGCUUUAAGAUUGAGAAUUUUAAAAUUCUCAUGGAGUAUUACUUUAGUUGUUUUUUAUAUGAGAGUAGUUAUUAUUAUGAGCAUUUAAUAGAAUGGGAGAAAAAAGGGAUAAUGUUAUUGACCCUUUUGAGUCUCUAUAUAGAGAAUUUGAAAUCAAAACAGUUUGAGGAUGCUCCUGGAGAUCUACCUGACGAAGCAACUAAACAGGAUGUUGCAACUCCAGAAGAAAAGAAUUCUGGUUCCCAAGAUAUCGGGAAAACUGCAGAAGAAAAUCAGAAACUUUAUACAGAAGAGAAACCUGGUGAAAACAAAGAUGAACCACAGUCUGAAGAUGAAUCCAAGAGUCAGACUGAAAAUGGAGAAGAAAAGAAAGAAAAUGGAGAGUUGAACCCUGAUGAUAAGAAGUCUGAAGAAGGGGGGAGCACUGAAAGCAAAUCUGCGGGAGAAGGCUCUGAUGUGAACACGUCUGAUGUAGUUGAUGCUGAGAAAACCACAGAAGAAAGCACCGGUGAGAGAAAAGAAGGUGACAAAGAAGAUAGUAAAAUAGAUGAUAAGGAAGACAAAAAGGAUCAGGAUGCUUCUGAUGAGAAAAAGGAAUCUUCAAAUGAAGUUUUUCCUUCAGGAUCUCAGUCUGAGCUUCUGAAUGAAACUACGACACAGAAUGGGGCAUUUUCAACUCAGGCAACAGAAUCAAAGAAUGAAAAGGAGAUUCAAGUCUUCUGGAUUGGAUAAGGAGAAAUGGAAUAGUUGGAAGCUCUGCAAUGUCACUGCUGGCCCCGAUUACAUCCCUUGUCUUGACAAUCUGGAUGCCAUUAAGCAUCUCAGAAGUACUAAGCAUUAUGAGCACAGGGAGAGACACUGUCCUGAAAGUUCUCCAACUUGCCUUGUUCCACUUCCAGAAGGAUAUAAACGCCCAAUUGAGUGGCCUACAAGCCGGGAAAAGAUAUGGUACCAUAAUGUUCCACACACAAAGCUUGCAGAGGUUAAGGGACAUCAAAAUUGGGUUAAAUUUAGUGGUGAAUACCUUAUCUUCCCUGGCGGUGGAACCCAGUUUAAGCAUGGUGCUCUUCAUUAUAUUGAUUUCCUACAACAGUCUCUGCCUGACAUUGCAUGGGGAAAACGUACUCGUGUAAUAUUAGAUGUUGGUUGUGGGGUUGCCAGCUUUGGAGGCUUUCUUUUUGAAAGAGAUGUAUUAGCUAUGUCAUUUGCUCCAAAAGACGAACAUGAAGCUCAGGUUCAGUUUGCACUUGAAAGAGGAAUUCCUGCUAUAUCUGCUGUCAUGGGUACCAAAAGACUUCCCUACCCAAGUGGAGUCUUUGAUAUUG